UUGCUCGCGACAACCACGGAAAGGCAGCAACCCUCAGCCGCAAAGCUAUUAUUCAUAUCGCGGGCUUUCAUUGGAGCACGCUAAGGUUCUUGACCCUGUGCGCAACCGAACAUAAUCCUGUCAUUAGCCUUCAAAUAGAGGUUACGGGACUCGCAUUGAAACCGCAACUCCGCCGGCAACAUCCAUUAGACUUCCCGAAGGAAUGACGAUUAUAGUGCAGAUGUGUUCCGUUUGUCCUGUUCGUAUCUAGUAGACGAUACCGUGAAAGCUUUGAUGACAAUGACUUACCAAUCUCAAGGAUAAUUUAUAUAAUUAGCGAGUAACUCCAAUCCGAUUUUCGCCUUUCAAAACUCGCCAUGGUAAAAGCUGAUUAUCUACAGAGCGUAUCAAAGAUGGAGAUAAGUUGCUUGCCGUUUCCUUUGAUGAGAAAAUUGUGUUUAUUCCCAGGGACCAUAUCACUGCCGAGGGGUGCAUAGUGGACGUUAGCAGUGACUUCGGCUGUGACCAUCUCUCCUCCUAAGCGAAUGCGUUAUCAACUGUCUUUCCUUAACCGUCCAUUCCAAGGAUACGGCAUGCUGCUCUUGGUGAAGUCGAUUUUGCUGUUAGCAAGUGCUGUUUGUGCUUCCGGUCAGUACACGGAUGAAGAGUUGAGUCCGCGUCUUCCCCGAACGUUUCUUCCCUACCACUACGACCUGGAAGUCCAGCCGGACAUCUACGGCGAGGACGAGUCUGAGUUCUACAACCACGGACGGGUAACCAUCCACAUCUACUGCAAUCAGAGCAGCGAUCUUCUCAUAUUCCACGUCCGGGAUUUGAACAUCCAGGAAGUCCUUUUUGGCAAUGAGGGCGGUUAUUCUAAAAAGCCUGAACUGGUGCGUUGGGAGACGGACUCCCGACGAGACUUUUUCAUUGGACACUUAAGUGAGCCAGCCGAAGAGGGGGUGAGAUAUUUCAUCAUUUUGAAGUUCAGCUCUCACAUGAAGUUAAAUCUAAAGGGAAUCUACUUCAGCAAGUACAAAGUCAGCCAGUACAAAACGGGUUAUGUAGCAGCCACCAACAUGGCGCCCACGUACGCCAGGCGGGCAUUCCCCUGCUUUGAUGAACCCUCAUUCAAGGCAUCAUUUAGAAUCUCCGUACUCAGGAAGUCAUCGCAUGUCUCCAUCUCAAAUAUGGGCCUCGCGGAUACGGGAGAGAGGCACGAUGGUUGGAUCCAGGACAGAUUUGAAAAGACACCCAUCAUGUCUACCUACCUCGUGGCAGUGGUUGUGGCUGAAUAUUCUUAUGCCAAGACGAAAACAAAACGCGGAACAACGAUUCGGGUGUGGGCGCGGCCAGGAGAACUUCACAAGACUGGGUUAGCUUUACACAGAAGUAAACAGAUCUUAGAGAAUAUGGAGGAUUACCUGGGCGUGCCGUAUGAGAUUAACAAGAUUGACCAUGUUCCAAUCCCAGACUUCCUCUACGGAGCAAUGGAGAACUGGGGCCUGGUCACAUACGCCGAGCCAUCAUUACUCUUUGAUCCGCACAAGGAGGACACGGCAACGAAGAAUGGCGUUCUCUACAUUCUGGGGCACGAAAUCGCACAUCAGUGGUUUGGCAACCUUGUCACGAUGAAGUGGUGGAAUGACUUAUGGUUGAAAGAAGGUUUCUCGGAAUUCGUGGCAGCUAUGGUUCUUCCUGGUGUUGACAGGGACUUCUCUGAGGACAAGCAAGUGUUCAAACAGAGACGGUAUGCGGGUAUGAAGGACAGUUUCCGCUCCUCCCACCCAAUGGAUCAUCCCAACAUCAACUACGCCCGGGAUGUCAGACUGGUGUAUGACAGUAUCACCUACAACAAGGGUGGACUUGUCAUCAAGAUGUUACACUUUAUAUUGGGGGAUGCCACGUUCAAGGAGGCUGUUCGGCUCUAUCUGAGAAAGUUCGCCCAUUCUUCUGCCGAUCUGCAGGACUUGAUCAAGGUUUUAGAACAAAUUAUUGGCAAAUAUGGCGACCGAAACGGAAGCAGGAAACUUGAUAUCGGUCACGUGCUCAGCACGUGGGUGAAUCAGAUGGGGUAUCCCCUGGUGACCAUAACGAGGCAAGGCAGGAGAGCGCAUGCGCUGCAGACUCGGUUCCUUCUCGACCCGGAAAAAACGUCUGUGAGGCACUUUGACACUGAACACGACUAUAAAUGGGAGAUUCCGUUGACCUUCACAACGAAUGCCACAUACAAAUGUAAACCAGAUAAGAUAUUCUGGAUGCACAAGAAAAAUGUUACCCUCGGCAAGAUGCACGGUGUGUCGGCCUACCCGCAGGACUGGAUCCUCGCCAACGUGGGCAUGAAUACCUUCUACCGCGUCAACUACGACAACAACAACUGGCAGUCCCUGGCCGAACAACUUGACAGGGAUUACUCCGCCAUACCUUACAUCAACAGGGCUCAGCUCAUUGACGAUUCCAUUACGCUAGCUAGGGCUGGACAGCUAGACAUGGUAUACGCCUUCAGAAUCUGUAAAUUCCUUCGCCAUGAGCGCGAUUCCUUGCCAUGGAACAUCUUCCUGACAGAUACUCAGUAUAUGCGGAAUAUGCUCCGGUUCUCUCCAUCGUACAGAGAUUUCAGAUCAUAUAUGCUAAGACUACUUGGUCCAGCGUACAAGGAAGCAAGCUGGAGUCUUGACCCAAACCCUCAAAAAAGCCAAUGGAGUCUCGAUAUCAUCAAGUAUUCCUGCCGUUACGAAUACGGUCCGUGUCUAAGGAAGGCAACUCAACUAUAUGACAACCGACACAUUCUCAGCAUUCCCAAGGACUUGCGCCGGGUCGUUCUGUGUGCCACCAUCAGCCACGGCGGAGGGGACAGGUGGAAUAAGGUAUACCAAGAAUACAAGGCCUCGCUGGAGAAGGAUGGCAACGUAGAUGCGGACUACCUCGCUGCUCUUGCCUGCUCGAGACAACCAUGGGUAUUAUCAAGAUUGUUGGCAAGAUCUCUGAACGUGUCCGAGGUUCCCCCAGAUGCCACUCGCAUAGUCUUCCAGGAAGUGGCCAAGAAUCCAGUGGGGGUAUCUCUCGCUCUGGAUACCCUUCUCAUCAACUGGGAAUACUUCAAGAACAAGAAGGAUAAGUCGUACGUGCUGCAGACGAUGAGAGACACUCUCAACGGGAAGGAGAACCUAAUAUCUAUUGAAGACUUUUUGGCCAGUAAUCCCGACCUCGGAAAUAGUAAAUGGGAAUUCGACCUCCUAUUGGAAGCUCUUCAAACUAAUCUACGCUGGAUGGAAAAAAACGAACCGAAAAUCAGUGAUUGGCUGAAACGAGUGUAGGCCAAGGUCACAUCAAAAUGAACAUGGAAAAAAGCCGGAGGAAUAUAUAUUUAUUAAUAGAAGAAACGGCACCCGUAUCUAAUCGUGGCGAUUUCCUGUCAGCGUGAGCUAAAAGUGAUGAUGUUCACUGACGAUUAUGAUGACGCGAUAGCAAAAGGUGAUGACGAUUACCACCUGCAGCUCCAUUUAACUGCAAUGAUGGAGGUGUUUGAUAAUAAAAUAGAGAAAUUUGUAAACAGAAUUCUCAAUAGACACAAUUAUAUUGUAAUUAGCUUCCAUAACUGUGUUAGUCCGGACAUCAAGAUAAAAAGGUUGUCGGAUAGCGUGCAGUAGUGAACCCGCAAAAUCCACUUGUAGCAGAGAUAUUGAGUCGGGUGUAACAGAGAUAUUGAGUGACAUCUCAGAGGUACAAUUAAAUUGACAGAACUGAUGAGAGACCUUGAUAUCGCCUGUUGAGGAACUAGAGAUGAACAUUGCGGAGAUAACACGCCAUUGGGGACUCGGAUCGUUACCAGUUUCAGUGUAGUUUAAAAAAACACAGAUAAUGAAAUACUCUUCCAGAUCAUAACGAAAGGUGCGAAUUAGAAGAACGAUUAUAAAAUUGUACUGGAAGUAUCAUUAUAGUGCGGUAUAUAGACUAUUUAUAUUGAGAAAAUACUGUAGCGUGAUAAUGCGAACUAUGUGUAACUCAUACGUAUCGGGUACAUUCAUCUGCGCUGUGGAGUCGUUCUAGCCGAACAUUGACAACUUAUACUUGAUAAUGCAAGUGUAUUUCUCCAAUACCAGUUCACUUGGCUUUAGUUAUGGUCUAAAUCAACGUUUAUGAGGACAUUAUGACCAUUUUACGUCAUCGUUGCUAAUCGAAAACGACAAAAUUGGAUUCCACCUUGCUCGAUGUGUUGAUUUUAUUAUCAUAGACACUCAUAGACUCGACAAGGAUUACUGCCUGCUUAAAUAUAAACUUGAAAAAUUUGAAUAUGAAUAGUAACUUCACGAGUACAAAGGAAAUUCACUUUUUCUACCCUGUCUUGGCGUAAUGGACUUCUUUAUUUGAUAAGCUUAUAGAUGUAUACUGUAGUUAAGUGUGUGGUAGCUUUUAAGGGCGCUUAUACAAAAGGCCUAUGAUACGUGUUAUAAGCCAAUGUGAAGCAAAUAGCGUCUACAUAGGAUCUUUGUUGUCAAUGUCGCAUUUUGUUGGGAGCUUUCGAAAAUUACUUGAAAUAAUUUUUACAGCGGUUGAGGUCAUGUGUCCGAGUUAAGGGAAGUGUCCCCAAAAACCACCAAUGCCAGCCUCGUCUCAAGUCACUGCGCCUCCGCCAAUUCCUGACGCAAGGUUGGAUUGUAGCUACGUUUGACCGUAGCGGUCGACCACCCAAAUAUCUCCAGAUCUCGCCGCUCGGUUCAGAUAGCAUUUCGGUAACCUCGGCUGCCCUCUCGUUUUUGGGCAAACCAAUACCUCCAUUUCGGUAUCAAGCCUUUACCUCAAAUAGCCAAUUACAGAAAGUUAGCACAACACAUGUUUUCUGUAACGCAAAGCUGAAAAUCAAGCAGUAUUUUAUAUUCUCAUCAGAUUUUUUUGACGAGUUCUGAAAAAGAAAUAACAACCAAACCAGCUUUCAGUUAGAUAUUAUUGUCUUGCUUUAUUGUGCAUACGUUAUGUUUGUUAUCUGGUCAUCCAAAUAAAGGAACUAUAUGAAAA